AUGCCAGGUGUGCAUCUAGGUCAGUAUACCAGCGUCGGACCUGAUGGCAAGACCACAGUUCUUGGCAUCUACGAAACUGUUUAUGAUUCGCUAUGCGAGACUGGCCUCGUCCCAGCCACCUGGACCGUCACUCACGAAUGCCCAUGCACUGCUGCUCCAGCACCGACCGUGAUUCCAGCAGGUUUCGAGACGACCGUCGUGCCUUGCACAACCCCGACAGUCGGGCAGAGCGGUGCGGCUCCUAUGGGCGCAGCUCCAAUGGGCGCAGUUCCGAUGGGUGCGGCCCCAGCGUCCGCAGCUGCUGCUCAAGCUGGUCCAGGCAGUGCCUCCGCAAGUGCAGGAUCAGGUGCCGGUGCUAUGGCACAAUCUGGUCCAAAUGGUGCUUCGGCUCAAGCAGGUGCUGGAGCUGGAGCUGCUGCCAGUGCUGCCCCUGCUGGCGCAAAUACCGUCUCUCCUGCCGUUGCCUCCGCCGGCUCAGGCGCUGGUGCCGGUGCUUCUGCUGGUCCUGCUGGCGUCUCUGCUGGUGCUGGUGCUGGUGCUGGUGCUGGAGCAGGUGUUGUCUCCCCUGCAGGCGCUGCACCUCAGGCAGGCAACAAGAUUUCUCCUGUCAACGGUACAAUGCCGAUGAACGGCACAGUCAAGCCUGUUGCUGCGUCACCUGUUGCAUCACCUGUACAGUCAUUCAUGUCAUCAGCAACAAGAGCCACCUUCACCGGCUUCACAAUACUUGCAGCAGUCCUCGCUGCCGUUUUGCUAUAG